AUGUCCGAGACGUCGCAGCUACCUCGCCCGCCAUUGGAUCGUAUCCCUAGUACACCGCGGCUAUCAAUCACCCGCUUCCGCAACAUUGCUUCCGCCUUGCAAGAAAACAUGACGGCCACUUGGGAAGCCAGCGCCAAAGCAAAGCGCGAGUCCAUACUCGCUGCCAUACCACCUGAAUGGCGUCUCACCACCAUCCCCACUGUAGAAGAACAACCGGAUGUAACAACAUACAUGCAGCGAUUCCUCACCUCCUCUGAAGUAACAAUGACUCAGUCCCCCGCCAAUGUCAUUGCUUCCAAAAUCGCAGCAGGUGUUUGGACCGCUGAAUCCGUCACUCUCGCCUUCUGCCACGCCGCCUCCCUAGCUCAUCAACUUCUCUCUUGCCUGCAUGAGAUCUUCUUCGACGCUGCAAUUGCCUCGGCGAAGGAACUAGAUGCCUACUACGCCACCCACGGUCGAACUGUGGGCCCCUUGCACGGCGUCCCCGUGUCGCUCAAGGAUCAAUUCCACGUACGAGGCGUAGAAACCAGCAUGGGGUAUGUGGGCUGGUUGGGCACUUUUGAGGGGGUCAAGGGCACAGGCAACGAAAAGGUGGUCGAGAGUGAGAUGGUGGAGUUGCUGAGGCGGGCGGGCGCAGUGCUCUAUGUCAAGACGAGUGUGCCGGCUACGCUGAUGUCUGGCGAGACGGUGAACAAUAUCAUAGGGUAUACGCUGAAUCCGAAGAACAAGAGACUGACGGCCGGGGGGAGCAGUGGGGGAGAGGGUGCCUUGAUCGGGGCGAGAGGGUCACCCGUAGGUCUGGGCACAGACAUCGGUGGAAGCAUCCGUAUCCCAGCUGCUUUCAACGGCCUCUACGGUCUACGUCCCUCGACAGGUCGUCUCCCUUACCACGGCAUGGCGAAUUCUAUGGACGGACAAAAUGCCGUUCUCUCCGUCGUGGGACCGCUCGCCACCAACGCCGCCUCCCUACGCCUCAUCACACAGGCCAUCCUACAGCAAGAACCGUGGAACGUAGACCCCGCCGUCCACGAAAUCCCAUGGCGCCCAGAUCCCGAGCAAGACAUCCAGAACCGCGCCACUGGCUCAGACGGCGGCCUCGUCUUCGCCGUCAUGCGAACAGACGGUAUCAUCACACCGCACCCGCCCGUCCUCCGCGCCAUCGAUCAAACCGUCACCGCACUACGCAAUGCCGGCCAUGAAGUCCUCACCUGGACGCCCCCCAGCCACCAAGAAAUCAUAGACACAGGCUUCAACGCGUGGAUCUUCGACGCAGGCGCCGACGUCAAAUCCGCCUUUGCCCUCUCCGGUGAACCCAUGCCCCCACAAGUCUCCUUUUACAACACCAUAGCCCCGGACGAGGAAUUCACCGCCUCCCGCAUCGCAGCGACGAACCGCAAGCUGCGCGGUCUGCGCAGAGCCUAUCUCGCGUACUGGGCCAGCACUGCGCAGGCGAGCCGGAGCGGACGAAAGGUGGACGCGGUCGUGUGUCCCGUUGCGCCGUUUGCGAGCGCGAGACGGGAGCGGUAUGCAUAUUAUGGGUAUUCGACUUGGGUGAAUGCGCUGGAUUAUACGAGUGUGGUUGUGCCGGUUUGUACGGUGGACAAGGGAAUUGAUGGCCGUGUUGGCGCGUUUUCGGCCUUGAGUGGGUUGGAUGAGGAGAUUCAGGAUGAUUAUGAUCCGGAUAUCUACGACGGUGCACAUGUUAGUGUGCAGAUUGUGGGGAGGCGAUUGGAGGAGGAGAAGAUGUUGGGGAUCGCAGAUUUCUGUCUGUUCAAGGGGAUUCUAGCUGAGAUGUGCUGCGCUAUUCGGACCCUCACCGUCGAGUCCCGCACUAUCGAACUCCACAAGUACGACUAG